AUGGUGAAUGCCCCUCGCCCCCAGAGUGUUGCCCCUCGCCCCACCUUCCUGGGAUUGGUGAAUUAUUACCACAAAUUCCUGCCAAACCUUGCUACAAUCCUGCAUCCAUUGAAUCAAAUGGUGGAAAGUAACUACCAAUGGAACUGGACAGAUCAAUGCGAAGAAGCUUUUUGCAAAGUGAAAGCAAUGAUUGUUUCAGAUCUGGUGCUUACACAUUAUGAUCCUAACCUUCCCUUACAACUGGCUUGUGAUGCUUCGCCUGUAGGAAUUGGAGCGGUACUGUCUCAUGUCAUGGCAGACGGCACAGAGCGACCGAUAGCGUUUGCAUCGAGAUCCCUGUCGAAGGCGGAGCGCAACUACGCACAGAUAGAUAAAGAAGCGCUGGAUGCAGUGUGGGGAGUCAAGAAAUUCCACAAUUACCUUUUCG